AUGUUACUUGAAGUUUCGUGCUUGUUCUUUUCUCAAGCUAGGUCUACAAAUGAGAUUGAGAUGCAGGCAUUGCUCGAGUUCAAGUCUCAAGUUGCUGAAAACAAGAGAGAGGUCUUGGCCUCAUGGAAUAACUCCUCCCCACCCUGCAAUUGGAUUGGGGUUAGAUGUGGCCGCAAACAAGAAAGAGUUAUAAGUUUGGACCUUGGUGGUUUCAAAUUGGCCGGUGUGAUCUCACCCUCCAUCGGUAAUCUCUCGUUUCUCAGAUCACUUAAUCUUGCAGAUAACUCCUUUGGUAGUAUCAUCCCUCGAGAGAUGGGAAUGCUAUUUAGGCUUCAGUACUUGAACAUGGUAGGUUACAAUAUGAGAAUAUAA